AUGGGCGUAAUAAAUGGGAGAUUGUUUUACGGAAGGUUUAGCACACAAUCCCGAUGGAGAUACGUGGAAAAGAGCACUGCGGUUGUAUUGUAUAUAUUUCUUCUUAUUGUAAAAAGUGAUUGUCAAACGACAUUCAAACACUCAAGUCAAGAUGAAAGCGAAACCAAAACAGAUAUUCACAAGUUAGAAAGUAAUUUAGAAUUUAAUCACUGCCAUAGUUGUCGAAGUAGUAAUAAUUUAAAUGAGAACGCAGAUAAAAGCGAUUCCAAAAAUGAUAAAGAAGAUUUUAGAAAUGAAAAUACAUAUGUAACAAAAUCUGAGAAUUUUACGGAUACACUUAUAGAUACUGUCAGUACAUUCACGAAGAAAUAUUUAAUUAUGAAUCAAACUGAAAAUGAAGUAGAAAAAGAAUUCGAAAAGGUAUUAGAUAGUGCACUAAGCAAAGAUCGAUACGAAAUUAUAGAAGGUAUUGAAAUAAAACCUGCAGAUACAAAGAAAGCAUCAAAGAAUUCAAAAGAAGUAGGAAUAGAUGGAAGAGCAUUGUUUAGCUCAUACACCUACGAAUACAGAUUAUAUCAAAAGAUAAAGAACUUUAUAGAGACUCACAUACUCUCAAUAAAUCUUCCAAAAGCUGCACGGUUAAUUGGAUUCAGAUCGUUUGGGAUAAAGAAAUUCUUUUUACCUCUAGUCAUCGGCUUGCAGAUCUUCAAAAGCAUACUACUGGCUAUGUUCCUGCCCAGUAUCUUAGGAAGUUUCGGCAAGAUUAUUGGUAAAGGAAUUUCUCAACUGUCCGCCGCUUCCAGUCAGGCUAGCUAUCCACCAGCAAACGCUGACGAUCAAAGCGCGUAUAAUAACGAUAACAAAGACAUCAUGGGGUAUGAGACCAACCAAGCCGGGACCUACUCAUAUCCUCAAGACGGACUUUAUGAAGCAAUGGCAGAAGCCAAUGAUGUUAACGAUUUGUCCAACGUCGACAUGUCCAGGUUCGGUGCUGGCGGGCAGAAAGUAUCAUAUCUCCCUACUAAGAACAGUUACUACAAGAAUCAAAUGUCCAACAGCAACAACUAUAAGGUUUUCCAGAAGAUUCCGUCGUCAUCGAUGAUCCUAAAUAAUUACGACCCGUUUUAUUCACCACUACUUUCUCGUCUGGAUGGUAUCUUCGCCAGAUUAGGUCUAGCACCUUCAGAGAACGCCAUCGAUGAUGGGAUGCAGACAGACGGUCAAAGCCUAAUGGACGUGAAGCUGGAGGCCUGUCGUGAACAGCUUGUUUGUUUAAUGUAUGCGAGCCCUGCGAAGUACGCGCCGUACAGCAACCUCAUAUCCAUUCAGUUGAGCAGAGAACUAAACGAGUUACGUCGGCCGGUGUCCGACAACCCGGAGAUCCUGCGUUUCUUCCGGUACAUGAGAGCUGCGCGUCGAGGUCAAGAAGGCACGGACUGUAUGCGCGCUUUUCCAUCCUGCGAUUCCAACGCUACGCCGUCACACACCAUGAUAGCAGCCUAUCACGACAUCAACAAACUUGUCACUGCUAGGAAGUUAGAGUAA